GUCUGGCAACUUUGUUAAGAUGGCGUCGCCAAAUUGCUUUGUACGAGUUCUCUGUUGUUUUUUUGCAUUUUUCUAGCAUAUUUCAUUCUAAAUACCUUCUUUCUUUGCAUAAAUAAGAAUGUAAAAUAUAUACUUUAGUAUAUUGUUUUUUUUUAUUAUUAAACUAAGUGAAAAAUGUAAUCUAUGCUAGUAUUAGAAAGUGCAAUGUGUUCAUUUAAUCCGAUUUUGCGAAUUAUACAAGGAAAACAAGAAUUUCAAGGAAUUUGCUGUCAGAAAACUAUUAGCCACGGUAACAAAAACAAAAUCACCCAGAACAAAUAAAAUGCGAAUGCAGCGGCUUUGGAAUAAUUAUCAAAUUUACACACGAAAGCAAAAAUAGUUGCAACAACAACUGUUCCUAGAGUAUGAUAUGAAAACAAAUUCAAAAUAACUAUUAAUCCAAAUGUCAGGCAGAGGUCAAAGAUUAGCAAAAAAAUUAACCAUAUUUUUCUACUGGUAUUAUAAUUUGGGGGUUUUGUAAUGAGUUCUUCAAUGGCUGCCCCUGCAGCGGCUUCAGGUGCUUCAAUAAUUUCAGCGGCGGCGAGUGGUCUCUUAGGCGGCAUGACACGAGCGCCGACGAAUAACACGGUUCCAGUAACGCCAAUGAUAGCACAGUUUCGUGAAAUUCAUAAAAAUACUUGGCUUAAACGCCUAACGACUGAUGGAAAAAAAAUUACCGUCGGUCCAAAGAAAUCUGAAAGAAGUUGGGUGGUAUUUUGUGUGCACGAUGAUACCGAAGCUUUGCUUGAAGGUUACGCGGAUCCUCGCCAAGCGCCAUCCCAUAAUCCGGAAUGGAUUGUUUCUAUGCAAGAUGCUUUACAUAUAUCGCAUGCACUCAUUCCGAAUUCGCAUGAAUUUGAGUUUGUUGUCACAUUGAGCAGUGAAGUUGUUCGCUUUCACGCGAUGUCAUGGGAUAUUAUGCAAGAGUGGGUCGAAACGCUGCGUUCCAAAUUAAGAGAAAUGAAAAUACUUUCACCUCGAGAGAAUUUAUAUACAAAAUUACCAGAAGUUAGAGCACCUUUGCUUCCCACGAGGGAUCCGACAUCUCCAUUACCUGCUCCACCUCCCGUUCCAGCUGCCUUAGUGCCCGGAGUUGAAAGGAUUACACCGCAAAGUACUCAAAAUCAAGCCAACGCAUUAUUGCAUACCAACAGUAACGAAAAUGUAAACAUUUCGACACGCAAUAGUAAUAAUGGUGUUCAUUCGACGUCUACCAGUGAUUUGGCCAUAACAUCUUUAUCCGCGUCAGUAGCAAAUGCUGUUACUACUGCAGUUACACUCUGUUCAAAUUCCUCUUUGGCAUCUCAUGUGAACUCAGUGUGCUACACAACUUCUGUUACUGCAACUACUUCGCCCUUUACUUCCAUGUCGAAUACUCUUACGCAAAAUCUUUUAAAUAUGUUAUCAGAUCCAAUAAGUGCUUAUAGCGAGCAGAUUAAUGAAGCUGUUUCAUCUUCGUCUUCAUUAGCCGAUACUGAUGACAUUACUUUAGCAAUUUCAAUGGAUAAAGAUUUGAAGACCCCUCUAAAAAAUAUGCAGCUUAGUGAAAGCUCUGGAGAUGAUGAUUCUAUCGGUCCUUUAUUAAGAAAGCCAACUGAAGGUAUAGACAAUACCUCUGUUAGUAAUAGUGUCAGAGUAGAUGUUUUAACAGGACAUCGGGCUUCAGCAGAUCAAAUAAAAAACUUACAAAAUAUCUUACAAUGCGACCGUCAUAUACCGAGACCUCAAACAUCACGCUCUUUGUCUGCGGGCGCAGCUGAGAAAUCUAAACGAAUUCCGAAUAAUCAGCCAUCGUCUUCUCAAAAAAGUAUGUUGGAAACAUGCGAUCAUAAUAGUAUUCAACCUAUAUCCAAUAAUAACAAAGGCAACAACAUAACCGAAUUGGAAAUAAAUGCAGAUUUUGAAAAUCUUGUUUCCUCAUUAGUAUUAAAGGAACCAACUCCAACUGUCACUGACGCUAAAACGAAUAUAACAAUCAUUCAAGUGUCUACACCUGCUGGCAACGUGCGAUCCUUGGGCAACCAUGAGAGCGUGCAAGAUCCUCAAAAAUUUUCACAUAAAAACGCAGCAGAAGAAAUAUUUAAAUUUCCUGAAAACCUCAUCCCAGUAACAUUGGCAGCAUGUACGACAAAACAGCAUGACUAUAGAAGUAAUGUACAAAUAAUUCCGUCCAGUAUUGGUAGUAAUACUAGUACAACAGUUCAAGUAAUUGGUGAAGCGCAACAUAGUCAAAGCGCAUCAACUGCCAAUCAAUAUUCCAAUCCAAUAAAGAAGCAAACACAAAUCAUUCCGUCCGCCCCAACGGCAGCUACCAUGACAGAUGAGCAGAAUCAACAGAUAACCACGGUGCAUGUUUUGGGUAAAGAAACUACAUAUGGCACUUUGUUUACAACGCCUUCGACUUCUGCAUCUUCAUCGCAUACGUCGACACCGAAAUUGUCUAAAAAGAUCAUUUUGUCAGCCAACGCAUCUGGCAUAACUAAUAUAGCGGUUAAUAAUAUCAAAGAAGAAGUGAUACUCAUUAGAAAACCUUUAAAUAACGAUGGGUUGGCGGCAGAAGAUAGGCCAACUUCCGUUAAAAUUAAUCCUUUACAUUACGAUAAAGUUUUCCUAUCUUCAAGUGUACCGAGUGGUGGUCAAAAGCCUGCAUCUACAGGGUCUGCGCACGGUACUUGUGCGUCACCAAAAUGGAAUUGCCAAAGGCAAUUAACUCCGACAAGCUCUAAUGAAGAUACUGGUGCAGUAGCUGUCGCGCCACCUUCGCCAAUUAUUAAAGUUUCGGCUGCCAAUGGCGCAGAAUUUAAACAGAAAUGUAAACCUCAGAGUCCAAAACAUGUUAAUAGUGCAGAUAAAGUUCAUAAAAAUUCCGCCCAAGCUUCCAAUACACAAACGACUUCUGUCGUUCAUCCGCUGCCAAGCAGUUCGUUAUCGUCACGGCGUAGAAUCCCUUCUCCGCAAAAUAUCCGUUCUGCCGAAACUACCAGUCAGAAACCGUUUUGUAGCAGAACGCCCUUUCUUCUGACUCGAGGUCAUACUGAAGCCGUGAUUUCCACGCGUCCCAGUCGUAGAGAUUUUCAUUUGUUUAAUAAAGUGGCAGCAAAUAAAAAGAAGCCAUGCUCACAACAAACCAAUGCCAACAUCGGCCAAGGUAUAAAACAAGGUAUAAAAUCUUCUAAUAAUAACGGCGACAAUUCCACUGCCAUCCCAUCAUCUUCUGCUUUUGCGCCGACUAGUCGUGUUGCCUCUGAAUCUUUAGAGCAGCGUAGACGUAGUUCAUCUACGUCAGAUGCUCACGCUCAGCAGCAAUCUCGGGGCACAAAUAACAAUGACUUACCUAACCGUUCUAGUGGUCAUGGAAAUGGACCAUUGCGUCAACCUCCACAUUCCUUUCGUAUUGCCGACAACAUAGGUGGUAUUUCUAAUAGUGCCAUCAAUCUUCCAACAUCAGCUUCACCCAGCAAACGAAUGUCUCUUCGCGAGCAACAAGUAAUGCAGUUGCGUCGUGAAAUAAUGCAUCCAGGAGGUGUACGCUUGCAAUUGCGUCGAAAGGAUUGUUUAGGCUCAAUAGCUUGGGUGGAUGCAUUUGGUGCUGUUUGGGUUGCGGGCUGGAAGCAAAGGGAGCAUCCAGUGCUUUACAAUGCGUUGCAUAUCGGCGAUCAGCUAUUAUCGAUUGCUGGUGUCACCAUUAAUUCAGCGGCAGAAGCCAACAAGAUCAUACGAAACGCUAACACACUUUUUGUUGAGGUGUUGUUACGGCGCAUUCCAUUUGGACGUGGUUAUGCAAUAAGACGAGACAGAGAAGGGCAAUGUUUGGGCUUGAUACGCGAUGGUAAUACGGCAACCAUUGUAGACGUAGUACCAAAUAGUUUAGCUGCUCGCCAUGGCUUACCACCCAAGGCUCAGUCAUUUGACGGCUCCACUUUAACAUUUUGGAUACUUACUGAAAUUAAUGGCCGUCCAUUAAAUCUGUUCUUCAAAGAGAACGAGAUACGUGAUCGUUUAAAUUCGGUAGGUCGUGAUAUAUCGAUAUUAGUUCAACCAUCCGAUUUAAUAACAAAGCUAAAAAAACAAUUGAAAUCGCUACGUAGCUACAAAGACUAUCUGGUGCAAUAACCUUAAUUUUUAAGAUUAGCGAGACGCGAACAAACUGAAUCAAAAUAGAAUAUAUAUAGAGAUAACUGAGAUUUUAAAUGUAAUUUCGGCGAAGAGACUUUAAAAGCGGAAUCUCUUCAGUGCAGUUAAUUUUAAUAACAAAACCUGCUAUCGUAUAGUCAGUCAAUCCUUACAAAUGAUAAAGUAAGUAUAUUCGAAUCCAGUUUAUACUAAGAACGUGCUGUUAUUAUAAAUAAAAAAAAUCAUAUACAUAUACAUAAAUAUAUAUAUUUUUGCAAUUUUUCAGAAAAAGUCACAAAUAUUACUCUUAAUAUAAUACUAAACAUCUUUUCACAAAUACUCUUUUUUAGUAAACUUUAAUCUUAUAAACGCAUACAUAUAUAUAUAUAUAUAUAUACAGA